AAAUAAAGGAGCCAAUCUUAUUGGUUGAUCCGCGGAGCAACCACCUUAAAACGACGCCGCAUUUUCUCUCCUCCUCCUCCUUCCUCCAAUCACAUAAUUUCUUGGAAUCAUCACUUCCUCUUCCCCAAAAAGUCAUCCUCUUCACUGUGGCACUGGCAGAACACUCAAUUAAACGCCGUCCUAAUAAAAAAACGCUUUCUUUUUUAUUAACCGACUUGUUUAACUCAGUGGUCUCUAUCUACAAAACCGAGUCAAGUGGUGCGGUUUGAUAUCGGUGAUGCUUCGUGAGUUUAUUUUCUUUUUCAAGUGAUAAGAUUCAAGAAACUUAAAAAAAGAGAGAAAAAUGGAUCGGGCAGACAUGAUGGUAGGGCCGGGUAUGGAUAUGCCGAUCAUGCACGACAGUGAUCGAUACGAUUUCGUUAAAGAUAUCGGGUCGGGUAAUUUCGGAGUCGCCCGGCUUAUGAGGGAUAAGAUUACCAAAGAGCUCGUUGCAGUUAAGUACAUCGAGAGAGGCGAUAAGAUAGAUGAAAAUGUUCGAAGAGAGAUUAUUAAUCAUAGAUCAUUGAGGCAUCCUAAUAUUGUUAGAUUUAAAGAGGUUAUUUUAACACCUACUCAUCUUGCCAUCGUAAUGGAAUAUGCAUCGGGAGGUGAGCUUUUCGGGAGAAUUUGUGCUGCUGGUCGAUUCAACGAGGAUGAGGCUCGCUUCUUCUUCCAACAACUUUUAUCCGGUGUUAGUUAUUGUCAUGCAAUGCAAGUAUGCCACCGUGAUUUGAAGUUGGAAAACACUUUGUUGGAUGGUAGUCCAGCUCCUCGGCUUAAGAUAUGCGAUUUUGGGUAUUCAAAGUCUUCAGUUCUUCAUUCGCAGCCGAAGUCCACUGUUGGAACUCCUGCAUACAUUGCCCCCGAGGUACUCCAAAGGCAAGAAUACGAUGGCAAGAUUGCAGAUGUAUGGUCAUGCGGGGUUACCUUGUAUGUAAUGCUGGUCGGGGCAUAUCCUUUCGAGGAUCCCGAUGAGCCAAAAGACUUUCGGAAGACGAUACAAAGAAUUCUCAGUGUCCAGUACUCCAUUCCAGAUUUUGUCCAAAUAUCUCCCGAAUGUCGACAUCUGAUUUCAAGGAUUUUUGUUGCUGAUCCUACAGCUAGGAUUACGAUUCCGGAAAUCAGAAAUCACGAGUGGUUCUUGAAGAAUCUACCUGCUGAUCUGAUGGAUGAAAACACAAUGGGUAACCACUUUGAGGAGCCUGAUCAACCUAUGCAGAGCAUGGAUACGAUCAGGCAGAUAAUUGCCGAGGCCACCAUUCCAGCAGCGGGUGCCCGUGACCUAAGUCACAUGUCAGACAUCCUUGAUGAUGAAGACAUGGAUGACCUUGAUUCUGAAUCCGAGCUCGACAUCGACAGCAGCGGGGAGAUAAUCUAUGCAAUGUAAUAGGAAGAAAACAGUUUGGGUCAUCAUAUUGAGAGGUGAUAAAGACAUGGCUGCAGAGAAUGUAUUCCCGAGUGCCUGGUAUCAGAGAUUAAAACUAUAAUAUGGAAGUCCACGAUGCUAGUUUCGAUUUGAGUCUGUUAUGCGAGUCGGUCGAAUGAAUCGAUAUUUAAUACUAGUUUAGAAGGGAGGAUGAUUAGAAGAAGAUUCUCAUGAUCUCUCUCCCACUUUCACAGCUCAAUCUGUUCAUCUGUAUUUUGACAUUGAUGGUUUAGGUUUUUUAUUGCUUCUGUCCUUUA